GCAUCCUCGUGAUCGUGAGCCUAGUUUUUGUAAACGUGAAAAGUGUGAUCAUGAUUUUGUGAAACUGAAAGGGCUCCUCUCUGCUCUACAUUUAAUUUUGGUAGUAGUAAAAAAAACACAUAUAAGUAGUGAUCAAGUGUAAAAUGUCUUCGGACAAUCAGGAAAAAGCCAAGAUGAUGGCCGCGGCGACGCCCUUCGAGGAAGCAUUGGACCAAACUGGUUUCGGUCUCUACAACUGGUUCCACACGCUGGUGACGGGCGCGGUGGUGGUGUCCUUCGCGUGCGUGGCCUACAGCAACACCAUCAUCGUGCCCACGAGCGCCUGCGAGCUGGGGUCCACCUCCACGCAGCAGGGACUCAUGGCUUCCGUGCCUAUGAUAGGUUCAAUAAUCGGCGCAGUAAUCUGGGGCUACCUGGGCGACACGCGCGGGCGGCGCAACAUGCUGGUGCUGUCGCUGGUGCUGGCGGCUGUGGUCAACGCGCUGGCCAGCCUCGCCGUGCACUGGGCCAUGCUGAUGGCCUUCCAAUUCACUGCUACACUCAUCGCGUCGGGCAUGUUUUCUCUAGCCAUCACUCUGAUCAGCGAGUCGGUGCCGCUGGCGCGCCGCAACCUGCUGCUGCUGCUCGUCACCAGCAUCUCGCUGCUGUCGCAGGGGAUCAUGGCAGUCCUGGCCAUCCCGAUAAUCCCGCUGGGCUUCUCCUACUACAUCUCCGCCCUGGACAUCUACUGGAACUCGUGGCGCACGGUGGUGGUGGUCUACUCGCUGCCGAGUCUCCUCAGUCUGCUGGGUCUUCUGUUCAUCAAGGAGAGCCCCAAGUUCCUGCUGCUUCAGGGCAAGGAGGCGGAGGCGGUGGAGGCGUUGAGAUACAUGCACUGGUUCAAUAGACAGCCUGGGGAAUUUCGGGUAACAUCACUACAACCGGAAGAAUCUAACAAGAGCAAGACUAAAGCGAAGGCUUCGGAUCAGAUCGUGCCGCUGUUCCGGCCGCCGCUCCUGAGAUACACCAUCAUCGUCGCCUUGCUCUUCAUCUUCAAACAAGUGAACGCGUUUGCAGUCUGGCUGCCGCGCAUCAUGGACCAGUUUGUGUCGGUACUGCAGUCGGGCGACGGGCGCGACCAGACGCUCUGCGGCAUCAUCCGACAGGCCCUAGACCAGCCGCCUGAUCCGAACGUGACUCCGUGCGCGCUGAACGAGACGGCGCUGCUGCUGGUGCUGGCGGUGGCCGGCUUCCAGUCCACCGUCAACGCACUCAUCAGCUUGGUCCUGGACCGCACGGGUCGGCGCAACAUGACGAUCGCCACCACGUCCAUCAUCGGCCUCUGCGGUCUCCUCGUGAACGCGGUCCCCAGCGCGGUGGCCAGCGCCGCUCUGUUCGCCGGGUUCCUGCUGGGAAUCAUGACGCUAGGGUUGUAUACUGCUAUGUGCGUCGCGCUGUUCCCUACGCAUUUGAGGACGAUGGCGGUGUCCCUGACGCUGACGGGCGGGCGCGUGGCCACCGUGGCCGCCAUCCAGGUCCUCAACUACCUGCUGGAGAACGGAUACUGCGAGGUCGGCUUCUACGUCUUCGCCUCCAUAUUCACCUGCUCAGCGAUAGUCGCGGCGUUCUUGCCAGACGACAGGAAGAUCGUGAAAUCUGAAUCUGUAACUAAGUUAUAAUAUGUACGGAAGAAGCAAUAUUUAUAACAGAUUCCUACAAGAAAACAAAGCAUAAGAUAUAUUACCCCAUCGAGUAACUUAAUCUUUGUGGAUCCGGCCUUUAUUCAUCAUCAUCACACAACACAACCCAUCUAGUCCCCACUGCUGGGUACGGGUUUCCUUCCAAUGAAGGAAGUUUUAUAAAAUAAGGUUAUUUAUUGUCUUCUUAAAUGUUAUAGUACCUAACUAGUAAUAAAAAUGAUAACCUAUAAUACUUA